AUGGUCUACAAUGGCAAGCCAUCGAAAGCCUGCGCUCAUUGCAGGCGGAGGAAACUUCGGUGUGAUCUUCGAAAGCAGGCAUGUGGUCAAUGCUUGAGAGCUGGUCUUGCUUGUACUGGCUACCGGGAUCCAGGCCAAUUGAGAAUCCAGGAUGAGAGCGAAUCGACCAAGCAAAGGGCCUUGGGGUUUAAAUCGCGACCAAUCACGUCUGCUAUACAGGUGCCACUGGAGGAAACGGCGCGGGCAGCAUUCUUCUCCCAUUAUGUCCACGGAUUCUCCACAACGUACGAUGUGCUGGAACUCAUCGGUGGGCAGUCUGGCCUGGACAAGCACCUAGCGGCGAGUGUGGAUGCCGUCAGCCUAGCGUUCUUCUCGUUCCAAUACGACGCCGUAUCAGCUCUGAAGCCAGCUCGAGAGAAGUAUUUGUCUGCUCUCCCGCUCGUCAAAGCCGCCCUCGGGGCUCCAGAAUUGCUGGCCAGCAAUUCGACCUUGUUGGCAGUGCUCCUUCUUGACCUUUUCGAGAAGAUCACCAACCGCAGUCCCAUCUCAUCUGAGUCAUGGAUGAGUCAUGUCAGGGGUGCUUUGGUGCUCGCAAGGCUUCGGGACCCUGCACAGCUCAACACAUACAUUGGCCUUCGCUUAUCCGUUCGACUGUUCACCAACAUGCUCAUCAGCUGUGUCGCCGCGAACGCUCCGAUCCCACCAGCGUUGACCAAGCUUCACAUCGAACUACAGCCACACGUGCGCGGGGAUGAUCCCAAAUGGCGGGUUUCUAGUCUCGUGAUGAAGUACGCAAAUUUUCGCGGGACCCUUCAAGGUGGGCUCUUGUCGCAUGCUGAAGUUUUGAAAAGGGCAAAAAAGCUAGACGGAGAGUUCAGUUCACUUGCCCGAGACCUCCCGCCGUGUUGGAUCUCGCAAAGGGUUGCUCUUCAAAAACCGUCAUCCACAGUGCUGGAGCAAUACUACGAUGUCUAUCCGGAUUAUUUUACGGCACAAGCAUGCAACGUCAUCCGAAUGAUGCGAAUAUUGUUGAACGAUCUGAUACGACAGACUUACCUGAGCACUGUCGCAGCUUCAGGAUACCUCGAGCCUCAAGCCCUCAACGUCGGUUUCGCUUCUCAUUUAAUCGACUCUAUGGCAAAAGAGAUUUGUGCGGCCGGACCCCAAUUUGUUGACCUCCCUGAAGCUCGCAACAGACCCAGCAAUUCGUCCCCAAGCCGGAGAAUGCAUUGCUAUACACUGCUAUUGCCAUAUUACGUUGCUGCAUUCUCUGCAAGUCCUGAGACUGGGGUCCGAGAGUGGGUCGUUCAGCGGUUCAGAUCGAUGGCUACCAAUCUAGGCAUCAAGAAUGCUGCAAUCGUGGCUGAAAUGCUAGAGAGGCGGGACGGUACCAGCCCUUGGUCUGUCUAUGCUACCUUGGGCAGCUAUGCAUUCGCUGCAUGA